AUGUUCUACAACACAAUAUUCUUACGAAACUGCUUAUUUGAAAUUAGAAGAUGUUCAUUUAUUAUGUUUAAAUAUAUUGAAGCUUGUGUAAAAAUUAAUAAUAUACAAGAAUUAGAUCGAAUUUGUAAAGAUAAAAAUGCUAAAUAUAAUCCUGAACAAAUUAAAAACUUUUUAAAAGAUUGUAAAUUAUCAGAUCCUAGACCUUUAAUUUAUGUAUGUGAUAUUCAUAAUUAUAUCGAAGAAUUAGCUGAAUAUUUAUAUAAAAAUAGCUUAUUAAAAUAUAUUGAAGUAUAUGUUAUAAAAGUGAAUCCAAACAAUGCACAUAAAGUUAUAGGAGUGUUAUUAGAUUUAGAUGCUUCUGAAGAUUUCCUUUUAAAUUUAUUAAAUAAUAUUAAGAAUAUAUCCAAUAUUGGUAAUUUAAUAGAAAUAGCUGAAAAGAGAAAUAGACUAAAAUUAUUAUUACCUUGGCUUGAAAGUAGAGCAAAUGAAGGUUAUGAAAAUAUUGAAUUACACAAUGCUUUAGCCAAAAUAUAUAUAGAUUUAAAUAAAGAUCCAGAAAAUUUCUUAAAAAAUAAUAAUUUCUAUGAUAAAAAAAUGAUAGGGAAAAUAUUACAAUCUAUUGAAUUAUGGAAAGUCGUUUUAGACGAAUCAAAUAAAUAUCGAAAAAAUGUUAUUGAUCAAGUUAUUGGUUCAACACUUAUUGAAUCAAAUAAUGCCGAUGAAAUUACAGUAACGGUAAAAGCAUUUAUUGAAAAAAAACUAAGCAGUGAGUUAAUAGAAUUAUUAGAAAAAAUAGUUUUACAUAAUAGUGAAUUUAGUGAUAAUAAAAAUUUACAAAAUUUAUUAAUUUUAACUGCUAUCAAAUCAGAUUCAAAAAAAGUUAUGGAGUAUAUAAAUCGUUUAGAUAAUUUUUCGGGUCCACAAAUAGCAGCAGUAGCAUAUGAUUAUAAAUUAAGAGAAGAAGCAUUUAUAAAAUAUUAUAUAAUAAAAAUAGAAAAAAAUAAAGGCUCUCAUGAAUUUGUAUCACAUGAUUCAUCUGUACCAUAUUAUAGUAAUAAUAAAGAAAAUAUGUUUAGUCACAAAAGUGAUAAUGAAAAUGAUGAAUAUUUAAAACAAUUUACACAAAAUAAUAGUUAUCGUGAUAAAUAUGGAAACUAUUACAAUAAUACUGAUAUAAGUAAUAGCAACAACAAUAAUAAUAAUAAUAAUAAUAUUCAUUUACAUUCCGAAUUUAGUAAUGAAGAUAAAUUUUCUAACGAUACUUUACAUAAUUAUGAAGAUAUGGAUUCUACUGAAUCUACUUGUGAUAUCACUAAUUAUGAAGAUGAUUUAAAUAGAGCUAUUGAAUUUGCACAGAAAUGUAAUAACAAUGAUGUAUGGUUUAUUUUAGGUAAGGCACAAUUAAAAUUAAAUAAAAUUAUUGAUUCCAUUGAUAGUUUUGUGAAAUCAAAUAAUCCAGAAGCAUAUAAAGAAGUUAUAGAAAAAUGUAAAGAAAAUAAUUUCUAUGAACAUUUAAUAACAUAUUUAAAUACUUUAAGAGAACAGAAUUCUUUGAAAGAUGUAUUAGUUGAUUCCGAGUUAUUAUAUGCAUAUGCCAAAUUAAAAAAAACAAAUGAAAUGAACAAAUUUAUUAAUACUACGAAUUCAGCUAAUUUACAAUUAAUUGGUGAUAGGUUAUUUAAAGAAGAAGAAUAUGAAGUAGCGAAAAUAUUAUAUAGUAAUAUACCAAAUAAUCAAAAAUUAACUGCAUGCUAUUUGAAAUUAAAAGAAUAUGCACUAGCAAUUGAAGCAGCUAAAAAGGCAAAAAGUUUAAAAACAUGGAAAGAAGUCAAUUUUAUUUGUGUAAAAUAUAAACAAUUAAAAUAUGCACAUACAGCUGGAUUACAAUUAAUUAUGCAUGCAGAUCAUUUAGAUGAAAUUAUUAAAAUAUAUGAAAAGAAAAAAUAUAUCAAUGAAUUAAUGAAUUUAUUAGAAAAUGGUCUAAAUAAUGAAAGAGCACAUGUUGGUAUAUAUACAGAAUUAGGUAUUUUAUAUGCAAAAUAUAAACCAGAAAAAUUAAUGGAAUUUAUAAGAAAUUAUGCAAAUAAAAUGAAUACUAGAAAAUUAAUUGAUGUAUGUGAAAAUGAAUAUUUAUUAAAAGAAGCUGUAUAUUUAUAUAUAUCUUAUGAUGAAUAUAAUUUAGCUGUAGAUACUAUUAUUAAACAUUCACCAACAGCAUAUACUGCCGAUACAUUUAUGCAAGUUAUACAUAAAGUAACUAACAGUGAUAUUAUACAUAAAGUUAUUGAUUUCUAUAUUGAAGAGCAUCCAUUGAAUUUAUAUAAUUUAUUAAAAAUUUUAGAAAAUAAAAUUGAUAAUAAUAGAUUAGUACAAACAUUGAAAAAAUCAAAUAAUUUACCUUUGAUACAAAAAUAUCUAGAAGAUAUACAAGCACAAAAUAUUACAGCAGUUAAUGAAACAUUAAAUGAAAUAUAUUUACAAAAUGAUGAUUAUAUUAGCUUAAGAAAUUCUAUAGAUGAAUAUGAUAAUUUUAAUCAAACGAAUUUAUUGAAUAAAUUAGAAAAUCAUAAACUUCCAGAAAUGAGAAGAAUCGCUGCAUUGUUAUAUAAAAAGAAUAAGAAAUAUAAAGAAGCUAUCAACUUAUCCAAAAAAGAAAAACAAUAUAAAGAUGCUAUCGAAAUUGCAAGAGUUUCAAAAAAUAAUGUAUAUAUUGAAGACUUAAUAAAUUAUUUUAUUGAAUCCAAAAAUAAAGAAGCCUUUUGUGCAUGCUUAAUAGUAUGUUAUGAUCUUUUAAAACCAGAUUAUAUAUUAGAAAUUGUAUGGACUAGUGGAUUUAAAGAUCAAGCUAUGUUAUAUUUUAUUCAAAUUAUUAGUGAUUAUACAAAUCAAAUAGAAAAUAUGAAGAAACAAAUUGAAGAUAUGGAAAAAGAAAAAAAAAUGAAUAAAUCAGCUCCUAAUGAUUAUUCUGCUAUGAAUAAUCAAUUUAAUUAUUCAUUAAAUAAUAAUCUUUCCAUUAUGCCUCCACAAAAUAAUUUUAUGUCAAGUAAUUCUUUUGACAAAUAUGACAUGUUUAAUAAUAAUACACAUUUUUAA